AUGCAUGGCAAGCUGGCCUACAAAGAAAACUCGAUCUCUUCCAAGAAGGUAGAGGAUCUAGCUAGCUUGCACGAUCUGAUCAUCGACUCGGCAAAGAAUGGUUAUACAUUGACUCUAAGCUCUUUCAACAAUUUUGUCAGGAAGAAGCUCGGAAUCAAAGGUAGCUUAUACAAACCAGCUUACGAGUCUUGGAUGAACCCGAAGACUGACAGCACAAUCGGACGUCUGGAACCUAAUCUUAAGCACAUUACUGACUACUUGCUCGUCGAGGACCGACAAGUCGACAUCGACCCCAUCGUUGUUGAUGUUCUCAGACGCCUGAACAAGGAUCUAGCAGACGUCAACUUCAUUGGCAACUCAGCAGAAAAGAUGACUAAGGAAGCAUAUACAAUCCAAGCCAACCGCGUGCUCGAAUCAUAUACCGCAGUGCAACCCAUCUACGCCGAAGAUCGCCUCGUACAGGAAUGGCUCAAGAGAACAACUCCAAACUCGCCCAAUACUUGGGAAUUAAUCAAAGCCUCUGCAUUCUACUUUGAUAAGCACAGAACCCAAUUGACGCUGGCGUUUUUGGUGGCUGGCAAAGAGCUGUGCUAUAAUAAAGGCCAUGGCUAG